UUAAUUAAUUAAUCAAUCAAAGGGGUAGAAGCAAGAACACUACUACUGCUUCUACACUACUACUACCACUACUACCACCACUACUACUGUACGGAACUUAGCUUAUAUGACAUCACAAAGGCCAGUGACAUAAUCACUUAGCUGCAUCACUGCAUUACUCACUUCUCUGAGGGAUUCGAUCAGACAGCAUCUGACUUUGUGACAAGUUACGUGUUUUCACACUCCCACCACAGAAUUUAAUUUCUUAUCUCAGGAUGAUUCAAGGAGCAGCAACGACGAGACAGCAGAGACGGCGAGCUGAGAAAUAUGCGCAACUCUCGUUUGACCCAUCAAGGCUUGAGCAAAUUAUGCUUCUCACAGAAGAAAAUAACAAACUGAAAAGCAAACUUGAAGAAACACAGGAGCACUUUAGCAAGGCUACAGGACUUCCACUUGAAGGAUACCAGCUGAGACAACAGUGUAUUAAUUUGGAAAAACAGUUUCAGGCUUCUCAAAAUCAGCUUAUGGAAAGUGAGUCGAUGCGCAUAGCUGACAGAAACUACAUUAGCGAACUUGUUCAGAACAUUCAAAGCCUGCAAUCUGAGCUUGAAAUUGCAAAGACCAGUGACUGGAAACGAGUCGAUGUUAUAGCAGAUGAAAAAGACACGUUGUUUAACGACAUUUUAAUCAAACUGAGGCACUAUAAAUGUGAAAUCUUUGGUCUCCAGGCUGCCUUUAAUGAGUUUAGUGGGUGGAAAGGUAAAAUUAAAACCAUACAUGGUAAGACAGACGGCUUGACCAGCUCGAUAAGUCACCUAGAGGCGAAACUAAGGGACCUGGUGAAAGAAGGUGACGACAUGAGUGUUUCCAAACAAAACGACACCAUGGUCUAUGUGCCUUUAUCAGAAUUGAGUGAUAUAAAAGAGAGAAAUUUAGGUUUAGAGUUUGAAAUUAAAGACCUGACCACAAAGAAUGAUGAGAAUGAAAGACUAAUUCAGGAACUGAGAAAAAAAUUGGAAAACAGUCACAGAGAAGAGGAAUGCAAAUCUUUCAAAUCAACAAUUGAAGAGUUGCAGACAUCUGAGGCAGCGCUUCUAAAGGAGGUUUAUGAGCUGAAGGAAACGCGCUCGAUGUGCAAUGAAAAGAUUAAUAGGCUUUCUCAAAACAUCGAAAAGGCUGAACGUGAGAAAAUGAGUGCAGAGAAAAUUUCUGAGUCGCUAAAACAGAUAAACCAACAAUUGCAGAUAGUCUCCUCACUUAGGGACAGUAACCAAAAACAGAAAGAGAUAAACAUUCAAGAGUCUCACUUGCAGAAAACGAUAUGUCUGCAGGGGCAACAGAUCAAGCAAGAUGAUUUGGAGGGAAGAAAUGAGAUACAUCAGUCUCUUAAUGAAAAAAAUAAGCUGAAAGAAGAUUCUCAAUCGUCCGAACUUCAGUUAAAAUUAGAUCAGUUAAAGGUGAAGCUAGAAAACAAACAAGAGCAGUACAAGAAGCUUCACAAAGACGUCAGGAGUUUUGUGGAAACUGUUUCUGAUAAUGCAGGAAUCGUACUGAAUAAGAAGGAACCUGUCAGUAAUCAGUUAUCAACAGCCUUAGAAAACAUCAAAGUUUAUAUAAAUAACACAUCGGAGGGCCUUGUUUCUCGCAGGAAUUUACACAAAAAAUUAACAGCGAAAGCCGCCGCCCUAAGGAAGGCAGAACAAGAGCUGGAGUCCAGUAAUAAGGUUAUAGAUGAGCUGCGUAUUCAGCUCGAGGAGAUGAAACAAAGGCACAACACGGAACUAAUGGAGCUGGAAUUGGCUUCACAAGAAGAAAUUACAAAAUAUAUCAAGGAAAUUAGCCAGCUGAAGGACGCAAUUAAAACUGCAGAGUAUGAGCUGGAAUACUUAAAAAGUCCAGAUUUUGAGCCAGACAAAGAACUCCCGAAAAAGGUGGAAGAACUGACUCAAGAGCUCCUGAUUAGCAAGGAAAAGCAAAAACAGCUUCAGAGAAUAAACGACAAGCAACAGAAUGAAUGUGAGGAGCUCAGGAAACAAAUCAGUCAACUCAGCGCCGAUGAUGGGAAGUCAGGCUCUGAGGGAAAAUUUGAAGAGAUAUUUUUGAAGGCAAAGCCUCUCAAACCGAAGAGGGUAAAAGCGCCUCUAAAGGAGAAUGGAGGGGACAAUGAAGUGCUUUCGCCAGGAAAAAAGGCUCCUAAAUUUCAUGCAGGGAUUCAGGAAACAUCAAAGAAUGAAGAAAUAUUUACAGACCCAUGGUCUUCUGACUCUGAUGAUGACGUUCAAAAGAGCGUUUGCAAUGAAAUAUAUCCCAAAGAAGACAGUUGCUCCAAAAUACCAAAAAAAUUGGGGCCUGAGGUGGUAAAGAUGGACACUUCUCCAAGGAAAACUGAAAAUCAAGCCGAAACAUCUGAAACCAGCAAAAUAAGUGAACAAAGCCCACCAUCCAGGUUCAACCCCAAACAACGACAAACCGUUUUACCUCCAGUGAGAAGCAGACAUACUGGACUCCCCCAAAACGUUCUACCAGUUCCUACAGAUGAAUUUGAAAAUAGCUUUGGGAAUGAAAAAUCUUCCAGGGCACAAAAAUAUACUAAAUCUACAAAUGAACUGGGGGCUGAAGCAAAAAAGAAGGACACUUCUCCAAUGAAAACUGAAAAGGAGAAAGAGGUAAUUUCAUCUGAGAAAACGUCUCCCGGCGAGUUCUUGGAUUCAUGGUUGAAGGAAUUUGGUUGGUCUGAUGAUAUCAUUGACGACAGAUUGUUGCCAGGCUCCGAUGGUUGCUAUAGGAAUGAAACAUCUCCCAAGGAGGCCAAAAGCACGAAAUCUACAAAUGAACUGGGGGCUGAAGCAAAAAAGAUGGACACUUCUCCAAGGAAAACUGAAAAGGAUAUUGAGUUAUCUUUACCUGGGAGAUGGUCUCCGAAAAAUCAAGCCACAACAUCUGAAACCAGCAAAAUAAGUGAACAAAGCCCACCAUCCAGGUUCAAUCCCAAACAACGACAAACCGUUUUACCUCCAGUGAGAAGCAGACAUACUGGACUCCCCCAAAACGUUCUACCAGUUCCUACAGAUGAAUUUGAAAAUAGCUUUGGGAAUGUCAAAUCUUCCAGGGCACAAAAAUAUACUAAAUCUACAAAUGAACUGGGGGCUGAAGCAAAAAAGAAGGACACUUCUCCAAGGAAAACUGAAAAGGAGAAAGAGUUUAUUUCAUCAGUGAAAAAGUCUCCCAAAGGUCGAGCAAUGGCAGAGGUCUUGGAUUCAUUGUUGGAGGAAUUUGGUUGUUCUGACGAUAUCAUUGAAGACAGAUUGUUGCCAGGCUCCGAUGGUGGCUAUAGGAAUGAAACAUCUCCCAAGGAAGCCAAAAGCACGAAAUCUACAAAUGAACUGGGGGCUGAAGCAAAAAAGACGGACACUUCUCCAAGGAAAACUGAAAAGGAUAUUGAGUUAUUUUUACCUGGGAGAUGGUCUCCGAAAAAUCAAGCCAAAACAUCUGAAACCAGCAAAAUAAGUGAACAAAGCCCACCAUCCAGGUUCAACCCCAAACAACGACAAACCGUUUUACCUCCAGUGAGAAGCAGACAUACUGGACUCUCCCAAAAUGUUCUACCAGUUCCUACAGAUGAAUUUGAAAAUAGCUUUGGGAAUGAAAACUCUUCCAGGGCACACACAUAUAUAAAAUCUACAAAUGAACUGGGGGCUGAAGCAAAAAAGAUGGACAAUUCUCCAAUGAAAACUGAAAAGGAGAAAGAGGUAAUUUCAUCUGAGAAUAUGUCUGACGACGAGUUCUUGGAUUUAUGGUUGAAGGAAUUUGGUUGGUCUGACGAUAUCAUUGACGACAGAUUGUUGCCAGGCUCCGAUGGUGGCUAUAGGAAUGAAACAUCUCCCAAGGAAGGCAAAAGCACGAAAUCUACAAAUGAACUGGGGGCUGAAGCAAAAAAGAUGGACACUUCUCCAAGGAAAACUGAAAAGGAUAUUGAGUUAUCUUUACCUGGGAGAUGGUCUCCGAAAAAUCAAGCCACAACAUCUGAAACCAGCAAAAUAAGUGAACAAAGCCCACCAUCCAGGUUCAACCCCAAACAACGACAAACCGUUUUACCUCCAGUGAGAAGCAGACAUACUGGACUCCCCCAAAACGUUCUACCAGUUCCUACAGAUGAAUUUGAAAAUAGCUUUGGGAAUGUCAAAUCUUCCAGGGCACAAAAAUAUACUAAAUCUACAAAUGAACUGGGGGCUGAAGCAAAAAAGAUGGACACUUCUCCAAUGAAAACUGAAAAGGAGAAAGAGGUAAUUUCAUCUGAGAAUAUGUCUGACGACGAGUUCUUGGAUUUAUGGUUGAAGGAAUUUGGUUGGUCUGAUGAUAUCAUUGACGACAGAUUGUUGCCAGGCUCCGAUGGUGGCUAUAGGAAUGAAACAUCUCCCAAGGAGGCCAAAAGCACGAAAUCUACAAAUGAACUGGGGGCUGAAGCAAAAAAGAUGGACACUUCUCCAAGGAAAACUGAAAAGGAUAUUGAGUUAUCUUUACCUGGGAGAUGGUCUCCGAAAAAUCAAGCCACAACAUCUGAAACCAGCAAAAUAAGUGAACAAAGCCCACCAUCCAGGUUCAACCCCAAACAACGACAAACCGUUUUACCUCCAGUGAGAAGCAGACAUACUGGACUCUCCCAAAACGUUCUACCAGUUCCUACAGAUGAAUUUGAAAAUAGCUUUGGGAAUGUCAAAUCUUCCAGGGCACAAAAAUAUACUAAAUCUACAAAUGAACUGGGGGCUGAAGCAAAAAAGAAGGACACUUCUCCAAGGAAAACUGAAAAGGAGAAAGAGUUUAUUUCAUCAGUGAAAAAGUCUCCCAAAGGUCGAGCAAUGGCAGAGGUCUUGGAUUCAUUGUUGGAGGAAUUUGGUUGUUCUGACAAUAUCAUUUAAGACAGAUUGUUGCCAGGCUCCGAUGGUGACUAUAGGAAUGAAACAUCUCCCAAGGAAGCCAAAAGCACGAAAUCUACAAAUGAACUGGGGGCUGAAGCAAAAAAGAUGGACACUUCUCCAAAGAAAAUUGGAAAGGAGAAGGAGUUAAUUUCAUCUUUGAAAAAGGUGGAGGCUGGUUCUGAGGAUGUUGAGAAGAAGAAGAAAGUUACAUUUCUAUUAGAGCGCCUCUCAAGAUAAAAAUCACGAGGCGCUUCACAAAAUCAAAAAAUGUAAAAAUAUAAAAAAGCAUUUAGAAAAUGUUUAAAAAUAUAUUUUAAAUUAGCAAAAAUAGGCAAUUGUGAUUAAAAAAUGUUAAGAAAGAGAGAGAGUGAACAGGAAAGAGGGAAAUCAGUGGAUCCUGAGGAAGGUGGAAUAGGUGGGGAGAGCAGAAUAAAGGGAGAGUGGUGAAGAAGGUCAUACAAAAGCCAGCUUGAACAAGUGGGUCUUCAGCUGCUUUUUAAAGGAGUCCACUGAGGAAGGAACCACACACACCAUCUGGUCUCAACCCCAAACCAAGACGGACCGUUCUACGUCCAAUUAGAGGGAAACCUAUUGAGCCAAUCACCAAGAACGUAAAGUGGAAACCCAUUUUAUAGGGGAAAAAAGCCUGAACUUCCUUCUAUUUUGAAGAUGUUUCUUUUAGUUAGUUGUUAGUUAGUUACUUAGUUAGUUAGUUAGUUGUUAUUUAGUUGUUAGUCAGUCAGUUA